AUGUGGAAACAUAUUCUAGUCCUGGGACUGGUGUCCUGUCUUGGUCGGGACUCUUUGGCCUCGGAUUACUUUUCCUCCAUCACGGGACUGGAGCAACUAUUGAACACAGAGGAGUAUCUCAUCAAGGAACUGAGGUCCAUGGUUAAUGGAGUCAGGACAUCAUUGCAGCAGUUGGAAGGUGAGUUGUCCUCCAUCGAACAGGAGCACUCCCUGGCAGCAUCCGAUACGGAGAAUUACCUGACCAAUCCGGUGAAUGUUUACCGGCUGAUGAAGCGCCUUCACACGGACUGGUUCCUUACCGAAGGACGAGUUCAACAGAUUUCCGAGGAUCUGGCCUUCAAUGCCACCAAAGGAUAUGGCUUGAGCUUUCCCAGCCAGGAGGAUGUGGAGGGCGCUGCCCUGGCUUUGGUUCGCCUGCAGAGCACCUACAAGCUGGAUGUGGCCCAGGUGGCCGCUGGCAUUCUGAAUGGCGUCAAAUAUGGCUCGGACAUGAGUUGGCAGGAUUGCUUCGAGCUGGGUCAACAACUCUUUGAAAUGGAGGACUACAACAACACCAGGAUAUGGCUGAGGGAAUCCAUGGACCGACUGCGACGACAUAGUAGCUCCGCCCCACACAGUCACACCCCCGCCGGACCGGAUACGGAGACCCUCAAUAAAAUGGAGGCGACAGCCAAGAGUUUGUUCCAACUGGGUGACUUUGAUACGGCCUACGAGCUCAGCCAACGAGUGCUCCAAUUCGAUCCCAAACGGAUCCGGAACUGGCACCUGGGCGACAAGGGAGCAGCACCACCCACGGAGGACUCCGAGGAGGCACUCCUGCCCAAGCACUCGGACUCUUAUAGUCUGACCCACGAGUUUGCUCACUACGAGAAGGUGUGCCGAGGCGAGGUUAAUCCCAGUCCUCGCCAGGAGCGCAGUUUGCGAUGUAGGUUAAGCCAAGGACACCAUCCUUUCCGACUGCUGGCUCCGCUGAAGCUGGAAGAGCACAGCCUGGAUCCCUAUGUGGUUACCUUUCACGACAUGCUGAGUCCUCAGAAGAUCGCUGGACUACGAGAAAUGGCCGUGCCCAGAAUGCGUAGAUCCACCGUAAAUCCCCUGCCCGGAGGACAGAAUAAAAAAUCCUCAUUCCGGGUGAGCAAGAACGCCUGGCUGGAGUACGAGUCCCAUGAAACCAUGGUUGGAAUGCUCAGAGAUCUUAGAGAAGCCACUGGAUUGGAUACCACCUUCUGUGAGCAACUCCAAGUGGCCAACUACGGUGUGGGUGGUCACUAUGAGCCACACUGGGACUUCUUUAGGGACCCCGAUCAUUAUCCUGCGGAGGAGGGCAACCGCAUCGCCACAGCCAUAUUUUAUCUCUCUGAGGUGGAGCAGGGCGGGGCCACUGCCUUUCCCUUCCUGAACUUUGCCGUGAAGCCUCAGCUGGGUAAUGUCCUUUUUUGGUACAAUCUACACAGGUCCUUGGACAUGGACUAUCGCACCAAACAUGCCGGUUGUCCGGUGCUCAAAGGAAGCAAGUGGAUUGGCAACGUUUGGAUUCACGAGGUGACGCAGACCUUUGCAAGACCCUGCGACGUUUUCCGGGAUCAUGAGGUCUCGCUGGAAUACGAAAUAAUUAAAUAA